AUGCAUGUUCCGCGAACCGAGGCCGCGCCUCAGGUUCUGGAAGGUUCGAUUCGGAGGCUACUCCGGCCACGUCGCAGAGGAGAGGGAGGUCUGUAUCGAGGAAAGGCUCCGGAGCUGGAGAUGAUCGGCGGGGGAAGAACAGUCGCCGAUGCGAAUAAUCCGAGGAGGAGGAGAUCGGUUUCGGUUGUUCGGUACCAAAUUAGCGAUUCUGAGAGUGACCUGGAUCAUUCUCAGAAGUCUAGAAGUCGUGUGAGUAUGAAAAAUACUGAUAAUGGGAACAAGUUAAUGAACAAAUCAGUUGCUUCAGAUCAAAGACCAAGUCUUAAGAAGUCUCUAAGCCAGAAGGAUUUGAGACCGUUUGAUGGCUACUCUAGUCAUUCCUCAGUUCUUACGGAUGAUGAAGGAGCAGGUGUUCACUUUAAUAAGAAUGGAAGCGAGAAACAAGUGGUUUAUCGACAGAAGAAGGUGGCAGAUUCAGUCAGGGAUAAUGGAUCACACAAAGUAACUCAGAAAGAAAUUAGGCAUUUGGGAAUUGAACAAGCUGUGGCAAAACCAAGAGGUAUUCAGUCUGUUUCUUUGGCUAGAAGGAACUAUGAAAGUGAACUGGAACAGUCACAGAAGCGAAAACAGGAGUUGUUAGCUGAAAUAGUGUUUGAGGAGCAGCGAGGCAAAGAACUUUCAAAGAUUGCUAAUGAACUGGUUCCUGCUACUAAGAACAAUUCUGCACAAAAACCAUCAAGAGCCAGAGAAGUAACGAUAGAAGCAGAAUGUCUAUGUGCUUAACUGAGGAGGCUGAGAUAUAUAUUGAGGAUUUUAUUUCAAAUGUUGAAGAUACUACAGAUAUUUCUUCCCUGGAUGGAGAAAGGAGUGAUACAAGCUCAUCCGUUGGAGGUUUGAUAAAGCCGGAAACAUAUAGUAGCCCCCAAUAGCUAGAUCUAUUCCUGGUUUAACGGAUGGGGUUACCUUGCCAUGGUUACAAUUGGAGACUGGUAAUGAUGUUUCUCAUGCAGCAAGCCUGAAUAAUAAAGCACAGAUGACCUUGACCCCAAAGAGUGCAAGUUCAACUCAGGAAAUAUCGAAGGCACGAGAUCAAAGUAGCUAUUCUGUGAGCAGUCGUGGAAGUUGGAGCCCAGAAUGCCUUGAAGAGUAUAUUGGAAAGGAUGUAUACUGUAAAUUUGGAGAAUCUUUUAGUUACUCAGACAAGUCUUUCUCGGCCACGUCCAAAGGAUUAAGGCUAUUGUUGAUAUUCAUGUUUUUUCUUUUCUGAGAGUGGUUUGAAUCGGGUCGGGGAAGAUUGGGAAACGGUUAGGCUUUGCGCGCACAUCGGGUGCGGGCGACCCGAGACCCGCCCUCACGAAUUUCGAAGGUGUUCGGUUUGCGGUAAGGUGAAUUACUGCUCCAGAGGGUGUCAGGCGUUGGAUUGGAAGCUGCGGCAUAAGAUGGAGUGUUCGCCGGCGGAGAUUUGGCCGGAGGAGGAGGACGGUGGUGGUGCGGUUGUUGUUGGUGGCGGCGGCGGUGACGAUGGAGUAGGAAACGACGUGGACGUGAGAAACGGCGUCGUUUGAGUCUUAAUUAACGACCGGAGUCUUUACGGACAAGGACAAGGCUGCUGCCCAUUUGAAGGUACUUGUUUUAUGAUUGAUGCCAAUUCUUUGUGGUGUCCCCUGUGGGUGGUGCUAAGAAGGUUAUUAUCUCUGCUCCCAGCAAAGAUGCCCCCAUGUUUGUUGUUGGUGUUAACGAACACGAAUACAAGCCAGAGCUUGACAUCAUUUCUAAUGCUAGUUGCAC